AUAAUAACAAUAAUAGUUUCUAUAUCUAUGUUUUUAGUUUCUACAUGUAUAUCUACAUUAUUGUUUUUUGUUUAACGCUCUAAUGCGUAAAGGGGCUGGACCGACAAUGGAGGCAUUAGAGGAACAAGUGAAGUGUCCCGUGUGUCUAGAAAAAUAUCAAGAGGCAAAAGGGCUUUCAUGUCUUCACAGCUUCUGCCAAACCUGCAUAAGCAAGCUUCCUACAACUAGAGAUGACAACGGGACUACCACUCUUAAGUGUCCAACCUGUAGGACAACUGUUUCCUUACCCCCAGAGGGAGUAGCUGCUCUUCCUAAAGCCUUUCACAUUAACACACUCCUGGAUCUUUAUAAUGCCCUCAAUACUCCAGUGGCAGAGAAAGGUGAGGUCCCGUUAUGUCCUCUUCACAACAGAGCUAGAGAUUUCUAUUGUAAGACUGAGGAUGAGGUCAUUUGUUGUGUUUGUGCUGUGAGGGGCCAUAAAGAGCACCACUGUGAUACUGCUGAUUUGUUCUAUGAGCAGGUGAGGAAUGAAGUUGAGGCUAAAUUUGAUUUGGUAAAGGAACAUAUCGAAGUGAUAAAGGAUGCCAUCGUUCAGUCUGAUUUAUUAGUAGAACGAGUUAAAUUGCAAGCAUUGGAAGUUAAAAAAGAAAUUGGUCAGUUUGAUGAGUUAAGUGAUGAUGUAAUGAGAGAGAAGAAUCGCCUUUCAAGUGAAGUUGAUGCACAUGUUGAACAACGCCUCGGCAAGCAAGAAGAAAAAAGAGACACCUUGAAUACAAUGUUGGCACAAUUUCAAAGCUCUUGUGAAUACGUGGAAAAUACAUUAAAAAGUGAAAAAGCAGAGCAAAUUUUAUUUGUAAGGAGACAACUAUUACUUCACAUGAAUGCACUCAUUAUGCAUAUUGAUAAUUCAGCUUAUGAAAGAAAGGAGAGUGCCAUCUUCUUCAAUUUAUCUGGCAAUAAAUGUACGAACAUUGGCAAUACGUGUCAAGUGGUUUUUGAUGAUUGCUAUAUCUCAGGCUACAGGAGGUUUGUAGGCAAGGUAGGCGAGCCUACUUCAUUCUUCCUUCAUGUUAAAGGCAUUGAUGGCCAAUACGUCAGCCUUCCUACCAAUUAUACCAUUAAUAUCAGCUCCUCCAUCGAACCUACUAUAGAUUUUAUUGCUUCAUUAGACAAAGAAGAAAAUCAUUACAAAGUUUCUUGGACUCCUACUGUCGCUGGACCAUAUACUGUGAAAUGUUUAAUUGGCAAUGUUCAUGUUCCUGGUAGCCCAUUCAUUACUCGUGUAGUAACAUCAUGUCAAUUGGGUAUUAUGAGUCGUCAAGUAAAGUCUAUUGGCAAGUUCCAUAUUCCUUGUGGUGUCUGUUUGAAGGAAGAUGGCACACUUAUUGUAGCUGAACGAAAGCCGUGUAAUAUUGUCCAGUUGAAUGAGGCUAAUGAAGUAAUAAAGAUUUAUGGUGAGGGGCAACUUCCUGGGAUUUAUUCUGGUAUAGCUAUUAUGAGAAAUGGUGAUAUUCUUGCUGUUGAUAGUAAAAAGAAUUGUCUUAUGCAAUUUUCUGAGAACGGUCAGUGCCAAAUCAUUGGAUCAUAUGGCAGUGGUCCACUUCAAUUUGAUCUUCCAUACUCCGUUGCUGUUCAUCCCAAAGAUGGCAAAGUGUUCAUUACUGACAGAGGUAACUCGCGUGUGCAUGUACUUCAUGAAGAUCUUACUUAUUGUACUACUUUUGGAAGCAGAGGUAAAGAUCUUGGAGAGUUUAGCACUCCUUUUGAUAUUGCAAUUGACUCUGAAGGGUUUUUGUAUGUGUCAGACCCUAUGUUAGGAAGAGUACAAAAAUUUAAUCCUGAUUACGAGCACAUUGCCUCUUUAUCCCUUAAUAUGCCUUAUUUCUUAUCAUUUGAUGGUCAGGAUAUUCUUUAUGUCUUGCAGCAAAAACAACCAAUUCCGAGUUUCUUUGAUUUUACUAUUGUGCUUGGGGUGACACAUAAUCAUAAUUUGGCACUGAUUAAUUGUCAUAAAGGCACAAUGAAAUUUCUGGCAGAAUUUGAGUGGUCUAAAGGAUGUCCUGAUUAUGGUUGUACUAGCAGAAUUAUUGUUAAUAAAAGUAAUGGGUUUUUAUACAUUGUUGAUCCCUGUGAAGAUUGUAUUUACAUUUUAUAAUUUUUUUUGUUUGAAUUUGCUUAUUAUUCAAAAUUGAUAUGGAAACCUGCAA